AUAUAAUGGUGAUCCCAACGCGCCGCCUCCUAGGGUUUCACCAGAGAGGAAAGGGGAUCGGAGGUCAGAUAUGCGCCGGUUCCCCCGCCGGCUGCCGUGUGCCGAGCUCCCCCCUCGCGCCGCCGCCGUCGCGGUCGACGCCCACAUAUGAGGAUCGAGCGGCGCUUGAGAAGAGACGACCAAAUAAGCAGCUCCCCCUUUUGGAGCUGCAAUCUGGAAUCGACGCAGCAGCUCAUUUUCGAGCUGCGAUCCGCAAUCUCCGAGCAAUCGAAGCAAUCAAGCGGCUCCUCUCGGAAUCGCAGCCCGCGACCAGGGAGGCUGCACUUUUUAGUCGCAGUCCGCAGUCCAAGCAGUUCUUCACGGGGUACAAUCAGAAACCGGCCCUCUUUCGAUUCCGUUCUCCGAAUUGCCACAGGAGGCGGGAUCCAAGCCGGUUUAUAUCCGCCCGGGCGGACAUCACGGGAGUCCAUCUGUUUUUAGACGAGAUCGGCAACUCCCCGCGUACAUCUGGCGUACGCUCAUCGCCAAACCAUCCGUCUUCGCCCUCGGCAAGUCCUCCAUCGACAUGGUGUUUGAUUUAGGGAGUCCCAACCCUGUGAAGCUUAACAGACAAAGAAAACGAUAGAGACUUCCGGGUAUAGGGUGACGACCUUAAUGAAUCAAGUAUUCAGGUGGCAGAGUUUUGAGCUACAUAAGCGCUCAAAUUCCGGAAUACUUAUUGCCCCAAAAAUAUGAUCAACCCCAGGUACAUUUAUUAGGUUUUGAUCUGAGGCUAUCCUGGUCUGCAGGACCCAACACAAGUAUUCAUCCUUUCCAAUCUGAAAAAGGUGUUGCCGAAAGCUUACCCUCUUCCACACGGAUGCUACAGCCGCUAUCACUUUUGCAGGAGGGGAAUUACAGAGUUCGCCUCUCGACAUCUUGUUUGGAGGACAAUGAAGAUGAUAGGCUCAGCAUUUUGCCUGAUGAUGUUUUGCUCAACAUUGUUGAGCGACUUGAUAUUGCUGACGCCACAAGAACCACCAUCCUCUCCAGACGUUGGAAGCAGAUCCCUGCAAUGCUAUCAAAAGUUGUUAUAAUGGCUGGUUCUUUUGAACCCAAGCACACAACAAGCAAGUUAACCUCAGAUGAUAUAAUUCGGUUCAACAGCACCAUGCUGGAAGCAACCAGGAGCAUACUGGAAAGGAGGGCUAGAACUUUAUACACCAUUCACCUGUUGCGCAUGCAAUUCUACUUGGGAGAUGAGUCCAUUUUCAUUGGCCAGACUGUUGCCAACACCAUAGCAACACAAAAGGUUGCUUCAGUUGAGUUUACAAUCUUGACGAAGGUGCGUAAAAAUUGUACAAAUAAUGAUCUACUGACAUAUGGGAGACAGUUCAUGUCAUUCUUUGAUUCGUGUCCAAACACAUUUGGUUGUCUCGCACGCCUCAGGCUAGAGAAUUUGAGGUUAGGAGAAUCAGACUUCCCCAAAAUUUUCAGUAUAUGCAAGCAACUAGAGUUCCUCUUCCUCUAUGAAUGUGACAUGGGUAUUAAGUCUUUGCUGGAAGUGGAACACCCGCAACUCAGUGAACUAGUGAUUGCCUCUGGCUGUCUUGAGAGGGUUCAUCUGAAGUGGGCACCAAAGCUCACAAUACUGAAAUUCAAUGUUUUUAGAACUAAAGACGACCCCUUCUGUCUUGGCUAUGUCCCACUGCUCCAGACUGUGAGCAUAAUCAAUACUGCUUUCUCCUGGCACAAGAUGCUCAAGUUAAGUGAGUUGCUUGGUAAAACUGCCAUAAGCAACCUGCAUUUGAACUUCAAAAGUGAAAAGAUUUGGGUCAAACCGGAAGGUCGAAGACAAUUGUUACCGGUGUUCCACAAACUUAGGAUUGUGAAUUUGCUUAACAUUUCUGAAGAAUGCGAUCUUUCUUGGACAAUGUUCUUACUCCAAGGUGCACCCAACCUUAAAGAACUGCGCGUCUUGGUGCGGGAUCAUUUAUGUGAAAUGAUAACAGGGGAGCGGAGGAAGAUGUGUCCAUUUAGCAAGCAGAAGGACAAAGGAUUACAGUGGGAACCGUCUACAACCGACUUAAAGCACCACAACCUAACUAAGCUCAGUAUCUAUGGGAGGUUUCAAGCAGAAGACAAAUUCGUGAGCUAUGCCAGAAGUGUCAUGGAAGCAGCAGUGAAUUUGGAGGAGAUAAAACUAUAUAAAAGUCCAGUGUGUUGGAAGUGCAAGCACCUGCUGCAGGAGUGGACAUUGGAGGAGAAGUCAUAUUUUAGCUACAAAAUCAACAAAGGGAUGCCCUCGCUAGUCCGGAUUCACUUUCCGAGUUUAGGGCAAGUCUUAUCUUAGAAACAAUAAUGCUCGUGGGCUGUAAGCUGUCAACUGUUUUGUAUGCAUGGAUUGAUUGUCACCGUUGUCAGUUAUGUGUGUACUCUUAACAUUAUAAGUAUUUUGUCCAAUGGAAUUGUGGUUAUUUCUUAUU